AAAAAAGAUUUUUUCUUUACUUACUUCUUCCUUAGUGAUCUAGACUCUGUUAUGUACUUCUUGGUGGGAUAUCUAUUAGUUUCAAGUUUAAUUUAAGUUGAAGUAAUGAAGUGCACGUGAGGUGUUCGAUGAAAUGCUCAAGUGAGACUGGACAAUAAUUUCUUGCAUUUUUCGUUGUGUAAAGAUGGAGGUGGUGAGAUGGGUGCUCAUGUCAAUUGAAGCAAAAGGUUUAAGAAAAGUAUUGAUGUCAACGAACAUGAAUGUUUGUGAACAUGAUAAAUUCUUACUGGUCGUGAGGCGUUACCGGCUUAUGAGUGGUUUGGUGGACUGCAACUUAACACUGGGAUCAAGCUCUAAUAUACAAGUUGAAAAUAAUGUACUGAAAUUGCUUGAUGAAAGAAUUGGGAAAACUCCUGCUUCUCAGGUACACUGUGGUCCCACUAGCAGUCACAUGUGGUGUGGGGCUUCGGCAUCCAUAAGUCAAAGUCAAACAUCAAAAAAGAGCUUCCUUCAGUUUUUGAAUAGGCACUUUGCAGAGUGCAGAUUGAUUCAAAGGAUUGAUGUCAAUGUCCAGACAGUGUUUGCCAUGACUGGAGAUGGGGUAAAUGAUGCACCUACAUUAAAGAAGGCAGAUAUAGGAAUUCCCAUGGGCUUAGGCACAACAGUUGCAAAGAACUCCAGCUGAAAACAUAAAUCUACCUCCAACACUUCUAUCAAGAUUUGAUCUUU